GCAAGAAAGUGGAAGCUGUUACUAAAGGUCUAAAGUUAUAUCGCUUUAAUAAUGUUAUUAAGCCUAUACUUCGACAGUCAUUUAAAUUAAUGAAAGUUAAAAAAAUCGUUUGAACGAAAAACACUUAUUAUUGAAUUAAGUACGAGUAUGUAGUGUAAACAAACUGUAAUUAAAUUCAUUGUAAUAAAUCGAAUGCCAUUCGCCGCCCCGCUGUCAGUUAUCAUUUAUUUUGUUAAUGCCGUAGCACAUUCAAAAAAGGUACUAAACAUAAUGGAAGUAAAAAAAAAUUAAACUUAUGUUUUAUUCUACCUAAUUAAGUUUUUAAUAUUUUUACUCUUAAUAAAGCACAGAUAAGCGUUUACGAAAGCUCGCGCACGCGCGCUGAAGCCCCGCCCACCGGCGAGCGCGCGAAAAAUGUGCUUUUUCCGGCGCACUCCCGCAUACCGGCCAAUCACAGCACGACAGUCGCGGGGCAACCGACGUCCGUGCGACACGCGUAUCUCACGCUGCGAUAUGUUUACGCGUGCGCUAAACUUACGCGACGAAAACUUUUAAAUAAAAAAUAAUUGACUGUUGUUUUAGUGCGAAGCAAAGUGGAACUUUAAAAAUGGACUCGAGCACUAGCAAACCUUCGUCCCCGCCAAAACCCAUAAAAAAGGAAAACGAAGAAGAAAUCAAGGAGUUCGCCGAAACGGCAAUGAAUGAACUUCUGGGCUGGUACGGGUACGAGCGGCUCGAGUUACGACGAUGGGCCGCGUCACGCGCGCGGGGGGCCAGCCCUGAGCAGGCCACCGAGCAUAAGAGUAAAGACGAAUGUUCGUGGUGCAACAAAAGUAUCACGGACAGCGGCGCGCUUCAACAAGCCGGGGCAGUGUUUUGUUCAGAACUAUGCUUCAGCCAAUCGCGGCGCGCCAAUUUCAAGCGAGCAAAGACUUGUGAUUGGUGCCGGCAUGUGCGGCAUACCGUGGCUUAUGUGGACUUUCAGGAUGGCGCCACGCAGUUGCAGUUCUGCUCCGACAAAUGCCUGAACCAAUACAAAAUGCACAUCUUCUGCCGAGAAACGCAGGCGCACCUCGAUCUCAACCCUCACCUGGUGAACGCCUCGUCCACCUCAAACCUCAUAACUCCUGAACUCUGGCUGAAAAACUGCAAAAGCAGAUCUGCCUCUCCAGCGUCCGAACGCUCCGCAUCUCCCACGGAAGCCACUAAGCCACCAGAAAGAGAAAAAGAGAACAGAACUGCAAGAAAAUCUCCGUUACCUUUAAUAACGAUAGCUCCUUCAGCAAAACUAAUGAAACCAAAAACACCUGAAGAACGUGUGCAAAAGUCACCGGAAACCAAAAAAGAAUCAAGAUUAAAGAUGAAUUUAAGGAAGCGAAGAACCUCCAAAUGUUCUGCUACAGUCACUUCACAAACAGUCAAACACGCACCAACUCCUAAAGCCCAGGAUUUAAGAAUGCGAAGUCCAUCUAUGGACGGGUCAUCGCCAGCAUCUACAGUUGGCAACAGUGCGAUACACUCACCACCGCAUCCAAUAAAUCCUCAUACUAUACCUCCUCCUCAAUUCCCUAAUCCUUUGUACGGUAUGCCUCCUCCAGUAUUCAUGGAUAAUCAUGAGCAUAGACCAAAUAUGUUCCCUCCACGAUUUGGAUUUUUGCCACGACCAGGAAUCCCCAUGCACCAGGAAAGACCUCGCAUUCCGCCUCCUCUAAACUUCCCACCACUAGGCCAAGCACCUCCAGUCACAGUCCUAGUUCCCUACCCUGUAGUCCUCCCAAUACCCUUACCUAUCCCUAUACCAAUACCUUUUGCGUCUUUUCUUCAAGCACAUUGCGCUAGCAAAGUGAAAACUGAGUCAAUGGACGAUGCGGAAGGUCCGUUAGAUUUCACAAUGAACAGCGAUAAAAACAAAGACGAAGAAUCUAAGGAAAAUAAGAAUGACAACACAGAAUCAGAUAAGAACUCAAAUCAUAGUGAGAAUGAUCGGAGUGAGGAAAAACAAGAAACGGAAUCUAGUGAGACUACUAACGCAGAACAGACUCUGCCUAAAUUUAAAAUAACACGAUUAGGAAAUAAAAUGGCAAAGAUAGUAACAAAAGCCCGGGAACCUUCAGAAGCCUCCAGGCCUCUUAGGAAACGACGGAGACUCGUCGAAGUUGCCACGGAAGACGACCCUCUAAUCCCGAAGACGAGGAAAAUAGUGCAAGUUUAAAUUACUUAGAUGACACAUAAUCUCAAAUUAAUAUAAUACCGUUUGAUUAAAUACAUAUCACAAAUUCAUUACUUGUAAGGUUAUCCGAAAUACGAAAUGGCAGUACAUGGCGCCCAAAACUUGGAUAUACCUACGCUAAGCGUAAAUAUUUCAAUGAAUUUUCUUUGAAAUAAAAUCAUAUACAAAGUUAUAAUUAGACAUAUCGUGUGGCUGCAUUGGGAUCCUGAUUGAUAAAAUCAAGAUUCACGCAGCUGGCUCUGACACCUGGACUAGAUGGCGCUGUAGAGCCCUGUAUAAUAUUUUUACUGUACAAAAGGGAAACUAAAAUUUGUUCUAAUUUUACUUAUCCCCUAGUUCUAUUUUAUCAAAAUAAUAUGUAAAUAGAUAGUACAUACAAUCAUAAAGGGAGACUAGGUGUACCACUGGUGCAGUACUCAUUUUGUCGACUUUUCUACGUUAAAUCUUAUGGAGUAAAAUAAGUUUCAACGGAUGCCGCUAGCUUUAAUAUUUGAGUUGUUUGACAUUCCUUAAGAUUAGGUGUUUGUGACAAUCACCGCCACGUACUUCUCCCUCAACCGAAUUCCCACAUUGCCAAUACCCAAAGGACAAAAGGCGAACUUAAUGCCUUGAGGUAUUCUCUAUCAGUUUAUCUUAGGGCAAAGCAGAAAGGUUUGUAGGGUAGAUUCUCAAUCGUUACAUUUUCACAGUACCUACAGUUACAAAAUAGGUUAGAUAAAGAUAUUUUAUUAUUCAAGUAGGCAUAUUACAAUGCGCUUAUGGACAUCAAAUAAAGCUACAACAGCUCUAACCCUACACCUCUGACCCGAGAAGAUUUAAAUCCCCCCUCAAUUGGAGGAGGGUAUCCCAAUAUGGACCGGCAAGAAACUCGGCGGGGCACAUCUUUUCAAAACAUUACAUCUUAUAAUUAACAUGCAUUAAAUAAGAAAAAAUACAAUUUAGAUUACUAUAGAAAUCAUGCAAUUACAUACAGUAGCUACUUUUCUUUAUAGAAUUUGAUUAAAUUCGAUAUAUCAAAAAGUGGCGCCAUCUUACCGGGCACAACUUAAAGGUUAUGGCUUCAUCGCUCGAAACGAUGCUGUCAUACCUUUGGCCUUUGAUCUAUUAGAUAGCGCCACGUUUUUGAUAAUUAACAAAUGUAACACAUAUCAGUAAAACAAUAAGGAUCAAAUUCAAAUGGCGUUCUAAAAGUUUUAAUCAUGUGUCGAAAGGUGGCAGUAAAUGUAUGUGGCUACAAAGUUUUCUUUGACAAUACACAUCUAUUUCAAAUUCUCUUACAGCGCAGGCUUCGUCAAAAGCAUAGAUACAAAUCAGAAUCCGCAACAAACUUCGUCCAAUCUACAUAAGUGAAAAUCCGCCACAAGCUUCGUCAUUCCAUCUCUCUCUUCUUCCCUUCUUCUUCACCCUUUUCCUUUUUCUUCUUCUCUUUGGUAUUCCCUUACCUGUGCCACAUACGCAUGUCAUUUCAUCCUUUCACCUCAAAAGACCCGCUACAGCCCAUUAUCAACCUUCAUGCACGAUCAUGACGCGCCGCACACCACAGGCGUGGCGUGGCGUUCCAAGAACGUAGAAAGCUUUUCUUACCGAAGUAAAGCUAAAAGCCAUAAAAGAUACAUAAUAAAAUUAAUAAAGUUUGUCUGAGGAGUCAGAGGUGGCGCCAUCUAUUGACUUUUCGUGACUCGGACACCCUUAAUAAAGAAACUUAGUAUUCAAAACAAUUUAAAUUGCUAGUCUUAGUUGUAAGAUGUGAUGUAGCUCUAAGAUCUAUACGCUAGAUAAUAAUAAACGCACUGUAAAUGUGAUAUUAGUAACUUAUUAACUGUAAUGUAUAAAUGGAAUUAAAAUCUCAUUAUGACACG